UCCAAUUUCUCAUCAUCACAUUACAUGAAAUUUACCCUCUUUACUCUUUUGCUCGUUAAAACUAUCUUUUUUGGCUCUCUCUGCAUUUUCACUUUAUCAUCAUUAUUAUUAUUAGUAUCAUUACUGUUCCUUCAUAACCUCACCUUCUGUAACAAAAUUUGGAGACCAACCCAAAUUUUACAACUUUCAACCAAAAUAAAAUCUUUUAUUUUGUAAUUUUUCUGGGAUUUCCACCUUUUUAGUUGAUCUACAAAUCUGAGUUGGACUACUCUUAUACUAUAUAGAUUACGUUAUCUUUAAUAUUUUUCUCUCUCACAAAUGGUUUAAAACCUUGCAAUAUACUACUAUUUUUUUUUUUGUUUUUUUGAAAGAAAGAAUCUUUUUUUGAGAAUGGAAGAUGAUAACCCAGGAAGUAAAUUCAAAAGGGUUUGUGUAUUUUGUGGAAGCAAUCCUGGUAACAGACAAGUUUUUAGUGAUGCUGCCAUUGAAUUGGGCAAUGAACUGGUGAAAAGGAAGAUGGAUUUGGUUUAUGGUGGAGGAAGUGUUGGAUUAAUGGGAUUAAUCUCUCGGAGAGUGUUUAAUGGAGGCUGCCAUGUUUUGGGUGUCAUCCCUAAAGCUCUCAUGCCUAUUGAGAUAUCUGGAGAAACUGUUGGUGAAGUAAGAAUUGUUGCAGACAUGCAUGAAAGGAAAGCAGAAAUGGCCCGAGAGGCCGAGGCCUUUAUUGCUCUUCCUGGAGGGUACGGUACAAUGGAAGAGAUGUUGGAGAUGAUAACGUGGGCUCAGCUUGGAAUUCACAAGAAGCCGGUUGGCCUUCUGAAUGUUGAUGGAUAUUAUGAUUGUUUGCUUCAACUAUUUGACAAUGGUGUGAAGGAAGGAUUUAUUAAGCCUGAUGCGCGUGCUAUAGUUGUAUCUGCCCCCAAUGCGGAAGAGCUUUUGACGAAGAUGGAGGAAUUCACUCCUUGUCAUCAACAUAUUGCACCGCAUGAAAGCUGGCAAAUGCAGCAACUGGGUAAAUAUCCAAGCCAACAAAAUGUGCAGUGAUUCUCCAACUAUUGUAGGUAUACAUAUAAUAUCUAGAUUGUUUUAGAUAAGAUGAAGUAUUAUUGAAGUUGUUUAAGAGGGAAAAAAAAGGCCUCUUUGUUUGGUUUCUCUACUCAUGAAUCAUGAUUAGGUUUUUCAGGUUCUGGUGAAAUGCUUUUUGUUGCUUGCUUAUAAGUUGUAACACAUUGGACCUUGAAAUGAUGUUGGUCAAUGCAAAAACAUUACUAUAUUAUCUAGUA